UUGAAGAAAAUGACAUUUACUGAGAGUUGAGCGGCUGAGCGGCUGACCGGCUCGGUAAACACUGACGGAUAAACGCUCCAGUCAACACCGGGAGAGGAUUCAACGGACUAAUAAUAUGUCUCGUGAGAAAUCGAAGUUGACCUACGUAAUAACAGGAGGAUGCGGCUUUCUCGGGCAGCACCUGUUGAGGGUUUUGCUGGAGAAGGAAGAAAAUAUCAAAGAGAUAAGGCUUUUCGACAAAAAUGUCUACCCGAGUCUGCAAAGUCGCAGUACAGAGCAUGUGAAGGUGGUGGCGGUACCUGGAGAUAUAACAGAUUAUGGGAGCGUACGUGAUGCCUUUCAGGGAGCAGACCUGGUCUUCCACGCAGCUAGUUUGGUUGACGUGUGGUAUAAGGUCCCUGAGAAGGCAAUCUACGCUGUAAAUGUACAAGGGACUGAAAAUGUAAUAAACGCAUGCGUGGAAAUCGGUAUUCAGCAUUUGAUCUAUACAAGCUCCAUGGAGGUGGUUGGUCCGAAUGUAAAAGGAGAUACAUUCAUCAGAGGGAAUGAGGAUACUUCAUAUAAUAUAUACCAUGAGAUGCCCUAUCCUAAGACCAAAGCUGCAGCUGAGAAAAUGGUGAUAGGAGCCAAUGGCACAAAGGUAAAGGGAGGGAACACUCUCUACACAUGCUCACUGCGGCCAACAGGUAUCUACGGGGAAGAGCAUCAGCUCAUGAAGGACUUCUAUCAGAAUGGGGUGCGGACAGGUGGCUGGGUGAUCAGAGGAGUUCCACGGAACACAGAGCACGGAAGGGUCUAUGCAGGGAACGUGGCAUGGAUGCACCUGCUAGCAGCGCGCGCUCUGCGGGAGCAUCCCGAUAGAAUGGGUGGGGAAUUUUAUUUCUGCUAUGACGACUCCCCGUACAAGAGCUACGAGGACUUCAACAUGCAGUUCUUGUCGGCCUUCAACUUUCGAUCGUUGCAUGUGCCGGUGUGGGUGCUGUGGUUCAUAGCAUGGAUGAACGACCUGAUACGCUGGCUCCUGAAGCCCUUCUACAACUACACCCCACUUCUCAACGGUUACACACUCGCUGUGGCCUGCACGUCCUUCACUGUCUGCACAGACAAGGCUUUUCGUCACUUUCAGUACAGGCCGCUGUACAGCUGGGAGGACUGCUUGGCCCGCACACAGAGCUGGGUCAACACGUUCCCUUUAGAAGCUCACACUAAAAACACCUAACAGCUGCUUUAGUCUCAGGAGGACAGUUUUCACAAACACGUCUGGUUCCAAAAAUGAAAGAUGAGAUUUUGUGACUGUGUGUCACGGCUUCUCACCUGAUGAUGAACAUUUGGACGUGGUAUUCUGUAUGUGCACACGUACUCAGAGCACAUCUUAAUAAUAUAAUCAGCAUAUCAUAAUACAAGCACUUUUAUACAGAUGUACAAGUGAUGCUAUUUUGAUAGUAAUCAGGUUGUUCUGAUCUCACUUUAUUAAAUGUUAUGCAAUCCAAGAUGUCAAAACAUUUCAUAACAUAGCUGUUAAACUAGACAAUUAAGUGCUAGUGAGCACAAGCAUAAAUUAAUUAUUAAAGUAUUUAAUUGUUUAUUUGAAGCAUUGCUGUUCUGUUUUUUUAUUAAAAGAAUGGCAAAUUUAACUAUUGUAUUAAGUAUUAAGCUUUUUUAAAGUUUGUUCUGAUAUAGUGCAAGGACAUGUUUAGCUUUCAGAUCUUCUUUCUGCAUACCACUAGUUAAAUGCAGAAUUGGACAGUUUACACAACUACAUUACUUGAGUGAAAGUACAGCUACUGCUGGUCUAAUAAUACUCAUUUAUGUUGUCAAGGCAGAAUUUUUACUUAAGUACAACAGUACUUGCUUGUAAAAGUACAUGAGUAAGCUUCCUAUUUUAUGUACCCACAUCCCUACAAAAGCAGCAUGGUGCAAAUCUUGUAUAGCCAUUCAUCCACAUUUGAACCAAGUGGACAGUGAGAUUGAACCUGCUUUAAAACCCUGCAACACAACUGUCGCUUUAACAAAAAACAAACAAGAGAGGAAAAAAACCCAACAAGAAUUAAUUGGCUUAAAAAAAUCUCAAAAAUAAAUUUCUAAUCGCUUUGGUGGUAUGAUAAUGUGAUACACAGAAAGUGUACUGUCCAGUAUGGUUUCAAGACAAACACUGUUUUAUUAGGAGAAGCAUAACAGUGAAACGGGAAAACUAAUUUAUGUCAAUGCAAUAAAAUAAUUGUGAUUAA